AUGCUGCUAGUUACAUGGAUCAGUGGAUCUUGGAUAGAUGGAUGUAUGUUGAUGUUAGGUCUCUACCAAGGAGGUGUAUGGAAGGUUAGGGUAGAACUGCCCGAUGCGUAUCCUUACAGGUCUCCGUCGAUUGGUUUUGUUAAUAAGAUAUAUCACUCGAAUGUCGAUGAACUGUCUGGUUCCGUCUGCUUGGAUGUCAUUAACCAGACUUGGAGCCCAAUGUUUGAUCAUGUCAAUGUGUUUGAAGUCUUCCUUCCACAACUUUUGUUAUAUCCAAAUCCUUCUAAUCCAUUGAACGGAGAAGCUGUUGCGCUCUUGAUGCGUGAUCACCCUGCUUAUGAGCAAAAAGUGAAAGGUGUUCUUUUGGGCAUUCAGUUAUAUGUUCUAUAUAGCAAUCUAAAUUUACCUCUUUUGGUUGUCAUAUUUGCUUAUCUGAAGACGCUUGCAAGGAUGCAGCAGGAGCAGAUCAUUUGGAGAGAUAGGAUGCCACAGUUUGGUCCUUCUAUGUAUUUUGGCUUGCUUGUAACUGUGUUUGCACUAGCUGGGAAUAAGUGA